AGACAUUGCACAGACAUGUAGUGAGAAACAGUCCUUGCCCUGAAGAGCUUACAGUCUGAUUACAGAGGAUAGACAAAGGGUAAGAGGGGAAACAGAGGUGGAGUGAUUCAUUCAAGGUCGCACAGCAAGUCACUGGCAGAUCUGGGAAUAGAAAGCCAGUCUCUUGAGUCCCACGUCAGUGCCGUAUACACUAACCCAACAUUGCCUCCAUGUCACAGAGAUGUAUUAUGCCCUUCCUCCAUGGGUCAUGGCACAACUACUGGUCAUUUCCUUCUGCAGCAGAGGAGAUGGGCAAGUGGAGGACGGCCAGGGUCCAACUGUCCCUCCGCAUACCCACUUUGCAAGGUGUCAGGGCAAGAGCCUGUUACCUGCAGGGUUAAACUAGGGGCAUGAGCCUUUGGAAGCAGAGGGGCCAGGAAGCAGUGGGCAAUGGAGGAGGCCACCUAGGAGUUACUGACAGAUGGAAGAGGUGGAGAGGAGAGGAAAGCUGGACGAGACCCUGAGCGAGCGGCUCUGGGGCCUGACCGAGAUGUUCCCGGAGCGCGUCCGCACCGCGGCGGGAGCUACCUUCGAUUUGUCCCUCUCGGUGGCCCAGAGAAUGUACCGAUUCUCCAGGGCAGCUCUGUGGAUUGGGACUACCUCCUUCAUGAUCCUCGUUCUUCCUGUUGUAUUUGAAACUGAGAAACUGCAGAUGGAGCAACAGCAGCAGCUGCAGCAGCGACAGAUUCUCUUAGGACCCACUACAGGGCUGUCUGGCAGUAUGCCAGGGGCCCUGCCUCCACUUUCUGGAAAGAUUUAACUUCCAAAAGCUGCUUCAGAUCCAUAUCACAUCGAGAGACCUCAACAUUGAUUCAUUUGAACUGUUGGUUUGUCAGAGUGGGCACCCCCACUUUUUUUUUUUUUAAACUUUAGGACACUGACCUAUCCAUAAUGGGGCAAAAUCCCCUCUCCUGGACCUUUUUUUUUUUGAUGGGCUUCUCCCUGUAGCUUCCCCUCCAGAUGUCACAAGUUUUUCCUUUUACUCAAUCAGUCCAUGCAGUGAGCAAUUAAAGACUUUAAAGUGAAGAGAUCCUGCUGUGGACUCCUUACCUUAGGCCACAAGUUAGGUUCUGGCCAGUUUGUUCAGUAAAUUCUGCAAUCAAAAGAAAAUCCUGUAUUUCUCCUGGCUAAAUCAAGGCCAGAAGAGGCCACCGAUAGAAAGGAAGGUGUGUAUUUACCAAGAGGCAGAGUAGUAAGUUUCAUCAGAGUUCUGUGGGGAAAACUUGUUUUCAAAUAUUUUCCUUGCAAUUUCUUUUGUUGGAGGAGAAAAGGAGAGCACAUUUGGUUAAAGACUGUGCCUGGGUUGAUUCUGUUUUGCAUCAUAAAACAACUACAUUUCGGAAAUCA